GGUUGAUUUUUUUUUUUGCUAGUGAAAGUCUACUUUUUCCCCCUCAGCUGAAGCGUUUAAAGGUGGCACAGAGAGCCACGAGGCCUGCAUAUGGAGAAAGGGCGGAAAUAAGAACGGUCGCUCUGCCCGCUGCAGAGCGCGACGGGAGGAGGUUGUGUUUGAGGCCUCUUCACGAAGGGUUACCGUUCCGCCGGGCCCGGACCCGCCGCCCCUCACGGCCGCCCGUGCCCGCGCUGCCGGGCCGGGCCAGGCGCGAGGCGGCGGCGGCGGGCGGACACUCCGCAUGCGCCUCUCAGCCCGGGCGGCCGUGGGCGGGGCUAUGCAAACGAGCCGUCGCGCGGCGGCUCUGCUGAAAGGCUGCCGCCCCGGGCAUGCGCGCGGGCUCAGGCGCCUCGCGCAGCCCAGCUAUUGGCUCCCUGCCGCGUUUCGGCGGGCGGAAGCGGAAGUUUGUGUGGAUCUGUGCGUUCAUUUCCGGACUUACUGCUAUGGAGAAGAAGCUGGCUGAAUACAAGUGUAAUACAAAUGAAGCGAUUCAGCUGAAACUAGUUCGCUUUCCUGAGGAUUUGGAGGAUGAGAACACAACGUUUAAUCCAGAGUAUAGCCAUCAAGUGUUUGGAGAUGACGAAGUUGCCUUUGGCUACAAGGGACUGAAGAUCCUCUUGUACUAUAUUGCUGGUAACCUGUCAACGCUCUUCCGCAUCGAAUACACGUCUAAAGUUAAUGAAAAGUUUGACUGUGUGGAGGCAGACGAUGUUGAAAGUAAAAUUAGAGAAAUCAUUCCUCCUGGUUUUUGCACAAACACAGAUGACUUUGUGUCUCUGCUGGAGAAGGAGGUCAACUUCAAGCCCUUUGGAAUGCUGCUACACACAUAUUCUGUCCAUAAUGAGGAAGCUGGUGAAGAUAUAACAUAUCAGAUAUACAAGGCUGACAUGACAUGUCCAGGCUUUCGAGAAUAUCAUGAAAGGCUUCAGACGUUCUUGAUGUGGUUUAUUGAAACUGCUAGCUUUAUUGAUGUAGAUGAUGAAAGAUGGAACUACUUUCUAGUAUUUGAGAAGUAUAAUAAGGAUGGAGCUACGCUCUUUGCGACCGUAGGCUACAUGACAGUCUAUAAUUACUAUGUGUACCCAGACAAAACCCGGCCACGUGUAAGCCAGAUGCUGAUCUUGCCCCCAUUCCAAGGAGAAGGCCAUGGUGCUCAGCUGCUUGAAACAGUUCAUAGAUACUAUAUGUCUUCUCCUACAGUACUUGAUAUAACAGCUGAAGAUCCAUCUGAAAACUAUAUGAAGCUAAGAGACUUUGUUCUCGUAAAGCUCUGUCAAGAUUUGCUUUGCUUUUCCCCAGGAAAGUUAAUGCAAGGAUUCAGUCAAGAAAUGGUGAUGGAAGCUCAACAAAAACUGAAAAUAAAUAAGCAACACACAAGACGAGUUUAUGAAAUUCUCCGAUUGCGUGCAACGGACAUGGGUGAUGCAGAACAGUCCAGAAGCUAUCGGUUGGACGUUAAAAGACGACUGAUUGGCCCAUAUAAGGACUCCAAACUGCCUCACCGUGGAUGAGAUGAACACCAGCGCUAAACACAGGACAGCUACUUGGGACUAGAGCAGGACUCAAACAGUACCAGCCUCAUCAGCAAAAACUGCUGUGGAACUAAAUCAUCUUUUGAGACAACCUUAGAUAGGAAAGUCUAAGCCUAGCCUCAGAAGUAUCCAGCUGCCUACAUUUAAACUAGAAGCAUAUUUCUGUAUUGCUCUAGGUAAGAUUUCAUUUAUGCAUAAGGCAUAAUGCUCUUGUUUUAUUGACUAUUACAGACUGCUUUCAAACUUGCAUGUAAAAGCCUAGCUUUAUGUCUUCCUUAGCACAUCUUUUGCUUAUUUUAAUACCAGGAUAUUUUAAUAUCCUAACAAACCUCUGUCUGUUAUUUAUAUUUCUUAGUAAAAGGAGAAAACCUGCAUCUAAGCAUAAAUUAGAGACUACUGAAUAAUGACUGUUGUUAGACUUGAUUCACUCAGAGACUGCAGAAAUUACAGUUCUUCUCUUGGAAUGUAAUCAAUCGUAAUUCGAUCGAUCCCCUCUUAGUUUCUGAUAUGCAAAAGGAAUUGGUCUGGUCUAACUGCUAGCACAUACCUACAAGUAUUUGUGAAAUAACCUGACACUUAAGGACAGGGUAACUACAAAGGUGCUAGCAGCAUAACUAGUAUUGUCUCCAGCUCCUGCAUUUUCAUAUGCUGUCAACCAGUUUUCAGGCUGUUACAACAGGGAAUUUUGGUUUUAUGGCCACAGACAAAAGCCAAGCACUUGCUUCAUUUUCCCUAGAAGUGGCCUCGUUCCACUGAGUAGGAAGUCCUUAUUGACUGAGGUAAGAAAGGUGAGACGCGGCUACCUUAGAGCACUUUGUUUCUCUCCUUUAGUGACAGUUCAGGAAAAGAUGGUGAAUUACUCCUCAUACGUGGCUACUUUUGUGUGAAGCGUGCUGUUCUCUCCAGCCACGCGCAGGCACACCCACUCCAGCACACAUGUAGUUACUUACGCCAAGCAGCAGCAAUGUGCGAUUGCUUUACACCGUACACGGGUGUCACAGAACGGGUGGCUGGGUGUCCGCAUUCCUAAAGCCAUGUAAAGGGAGAAAAUAAGAUAAAAUGAUGCCUGAUGAGAAUCAAACUCCUGAAAGACCAUACUGUGCUGUAGAAUUAGGAACAAGGUGAAGACAUGCACGUGGUCUGCAUAUAAGCACCUACUGCGCUGUGGCAGCUGAUGUGCUUUUCCUAGUCAUGUCUAUACAGGACCACCGAGACUAUCACAGCACAUUUUUUUAGAUCAGAGAACUCUUGGAAUUUGCUCCUUAAAGGCAGAAAUACUUACACUGUAACUUUUAAGUUUGUACAUUUUUUUGGCUUUUCCCAGAGGAAAAGUAUCCCAAAGGAUGCUUGCGUUACUUCUACGUUUUGUUUUCUUCCCUCUACUCUUGCAACCACCUAAUGCUUUCCGUUCACACUUUCAUUUGGCAAUUUGAUUCCUUCAGGUUUAGUGUUUGCCUGUCAGCUAUUGGAUUUAUGCCCUGUUAACAGUUUUUCUCAAACUCUGGCUAGCCACAAGAACAUAAUUUCAAAAUGUGUUUGUUAAUACAGGCAAGCCAAAUACAGGCAAGGAAACAAAAGGGUGGAAA